GGAAAUGCGACCACAAUAACCAACAAGGCAGUGACAUUGCGCUGUCGCCAUCCUCCAGUGUGUUUUUGUGACCUGCACAAUCCGCACUAAUCAGUUCGGCUCAUUUGUUCUACAUUGGAAUCUUUCACAUCCCGUGCUUGCAAGCAUCUCUCAUACCGUCGCCGCUGGCGUCCUUGCAAUGGAAAUUGCCCAAGGCGUGCAGGAGGGCCUCGCAUCUCCUCUCCUUAUGGACAGUGGCGCAGCCCACGCCGAGUAUAGAGACGAGGAGGAUACGUCGACGGCGUCAUGGGACAGGGUGACGAUGCAACCUGAUGGUGUCGCGCAGCUGGCGCUUGAGACUGGACGCGCGCGCAAUCAUGGUGCCUCCGAUAUCGCACGGCGCCACGCCGCCAUGCCACGCCCCUCGGUGACGAUGACUGUGCAGGAGUUCAAUGACGCCCACGCGGAUUUUACAGCCCGGUUGCGCGACCUUGAGAACCACGGUAAGGUGGCAGCGGGUAUUGUCGUUUUCUUUCUGUGCGUGUUCCUUAUCUUGCAUACGAUCUCUUUCCGCCACAUGUGGGAAACUGAUCUGCAGAUCGGCGCGGAGGAUCGAAUCUUGGGCAGCACGAACGACCUGAUCAGAGGUGCGAGCGACAGAUUCGUGAGCAAAUACGCCUUCAACUCGCUCAGAGACCAGAUGGACAAACUCGCUGAGCGCGUGGCGCACAUGGAGGACCAGUUCGGGAACACCAGGGACAAGUUCGUGACCAAGGACAGCUCAUACAAGAUGGAGAGCAUCCUCAAGGAUAAGAUUUCGGGCUUGCGUUUGGAACUGUCCGACGUCAGCGUUCGGCUCGAGGAGAUGUCUCCCAAGUCGGAGG